CUCGAAAGUUCCCAGACCGUCUCAGAUGCCCGCGGCCACUUCUUGGAAUGUGACUCCUCCUGCCUUCUGCGACCCUGGCUAGACCUUCACCACAGGUCGAGCACUCUUUUUCCUCACAUUGUUUCUGCCCAAAGGGAGCUACACUAUGCCUCCGGCAAAACGCGCCGCGCCUGAGGAUCCUCUCAGCCUCAAGGAGAAACUCAACUCUGUGCAAGCUCCGGGCGCCCGUGGGCGCCGCAUUGGGACGGCGAACGUGACCAAUGGUAGUCACCUCAAGGAGGUUAUAACCUCGACCGCGGACAGUGCUUCUACGAGCAGCAGUCAGACCGAGCAGAGUGCUUCAGGAAUUUCCUGGACAUCGCAAGACCGGACACUCUUGCAGGGCUACCGCCGGGCAUACCGUCUCGACACACCGUCAUCGUUCAAGAAUCCUCUCAGUAACAUUGUGCUUGGCAGCGGCAUUGGGCUCUGUUCGCCCACCAUGGCACGGCCCAAAUCGAAAAGACGAGUACACAAGGACCAGCUGGCUAUGGCGGUGCGGAAGAACUUCAACGCCAACGGAGUGAAUGAGACAGACGUCCUUGUGGAUCUGCUGUACAAGGUCAAGCACCAAGAUAAGGAGUUUCGAGCACGCUUCGCGCCGCGAAAAUAACAGUCGAGUCCCUCUCAUGACCUCGUUGCAUUUACGAACUUCCUCGCAUUGAUACCCGGUGGGCACAUCACCGAACACGCACGCUACAGAAUAAUGAGCAUGAGCAUCAGGCUGGAGUUUGGGUAACUUCUCUGGUCGUGUACCAGAAGAUCAUCGUUCAUAUGGCUUCGCAUGGAUUUGGACUGCACAAUGUACCAACGCCUUUCUGUUAUGACGAUUUACUGUAGGGGAAUCGCCUUUGCUAGGUUUACGGUACAUUGGUUCCGCUUUUGGUAUUCGGCACAGACAAUACUAUUAGAACAAAC